AUGCCGGCGUUGGAGAAGGUGGUGACUCGGAGUUGCAAUGGGAGAACAUCUUCUAUACUCGAUGCCAUGUCAACGAUAUGGCCAUAUAAAUUGCAAUGGUUAAACGAAAGUGGAGAAGUUAGGGUUAAUAGAAGGGUGCUAGUUAAUCUCUCAAUUAGAAGUUACAGAGAUGAGAUGAGGAGGACCAUCACACUUGUGCCAUUAGCACCGGUGCAAGUAUAUGAAGACCAAAUCAAGUUGAGGAAUAAGGAAGAGAGAAGAGCAAAAGAGCUAGAGGAGAGGAGAGAAAACAGUGAGCCAAAGAAAAAGAAAGGAAACAGUGAGGUCGUGAAUAAGAGAGAAAAUGAAUCACUCCUCAAUUUUGAGAAAACUAACGCACCCCUCCUUAGUUUGGCAAAGUCUUUAUUGCAAGAAUUCAAAAAUAUAUUCCUGAAUGACAUGUCUAGUGGGUUGCCACACAUUCGAGGCAUAGAACAUCAGAUUGACUUCAUAACUAGAGCUGUUAUUCCAAAUCGACCAGCUUAA